GAGAGAGAGAGAGAGAGAGAGAGAGUCCCCAAUCUUCGGGUGCUCGCGCGUGCUUUCCUUUCGUACUGGUGGGCGACUUCCCUCGUUUUUACUUUCCUUUCACCACUUCUACUUGCCUGUUCUGCCCAAAGAGAGGGGGAGAAGAGAUGGGAGAGAGAAAGAAGGGAUUUUUCUGAGGGUCGGGAUGGAGUGGGAGAAGACUUGUGGGGCUAACAGCAGCGGUCAGAGCAACAGGGGAAAGGAAGAGGAGAGGAGGGGAGGAGGGGAAGGGAUGGCGGAAGGGGUGUUGUACGUGAAGGUGAUGACCGACGAGCAGAUGGAGGUGCUACGCCGCCAGAUCUCCGUCUACGCCACCAUCUGUGAGCAGCUCGUCGAGAUGCACAAGGCCGUCACGGCCCAGCAGGACUCCCUCGCAGGAAUGAGACUGGGGAGCCUUUACUGUGAUCCUCUGAUGACUCCUGGAGGCCAUAAAAUCACUGCAAGGCAGCGCUGGACUCCAACACCCAUGCAGCUACAAAUUCUCGAGAGCAUUUUUGAUCAAGGCAAUGGGACUCCCAGCAAGCAAAAGAUAAAAGAGAUAACUCUUGAACUGUCACAGCAUGGUCAGAUCUCUGAAACAAAUGUCUAUAACUGGUUCCAGAAUAGAAGGGCACGAUCAAAGCGGAAGCAGACUGCUCAAUUACCAAAUAGUACAGAGUCUGAAGUAGAGGCAGAUGAUGAGUCCCCAAAUGAAAAGAAACCUAAGUCAGAGAAACAUACCCAUGAAAACCUGCCCAGAGCGGGUGCUCUCUCCAUCCAUGGUACACAAAUGAACUCUGAUGUGCAUUCUGUGGAUCCAGAGCCCAAUUUAAGACAUGGCAUGUAUGCAUCAAAUGACAGUUCAAGGUCUUCUGGCAGUUUAGGCCAAAUGUCUUUCUAUGAGAAUGCUCUAUCAGAACCAAGAAUUGACCACUUGAUUGGAAAAAUGGAGAUUCCUGGAAGUUUUAGUCCAUAUCGACAAAGCGAGAGCUACGACUUGAUUGGGUAACAUUCUAGUUUUAGGUUUCGCUGAUCAUAGUGUCACACUGACAAUUUUCAAGGGUCUGCUGAAACUUGUUCGGAGAGUUGUGAUAUAUGGUCCUCACAUAAUGGUGUUUCCUACAAUUUGUAAAUGUGUCUUUAAGAUUCUGAAUAUAUGACUGUUUGGCAUACGUUAAAUAGGUUCCUAAUUUCUUUUUAAUGCGGAUCUCAUUGGCGAAAAGAUGCAUUGUUAAGAUUUGUGCAAUCAGUCAUUUUUUAUUUC